ACUGGCAAGUUUAAUGAAGUGACGCACGCGGUGGCGACGGUACGGUCCGGACAAGAAGGGUCGGACAGUCGGGCUGCACCCCGCGGGUAACAUACAUAAGUUUAAAAAAAAGUCAUAAAAAAAAAAAAAGGAAAAUGAUGUUCAGAGUAAUUGUGGUUGCACUUACAGUAUAUUUUGUUGCAGUGGCAACAGUAAGAAGUGAAGAAGAAGCAAUGAAAAAUCUAACCACAGUUAGCUGGGCUCAUGCCGUUAAUAAUAAAACAUAUUUGGAAGCAGCUUUAGCAAGCGAAGUGUCAAUGCUAGAAGCUGAUAUAGUUUUAGGCCACAUCAAUGGUAAAGAUGGACCUCCCAUACCUAUCAUGGCCCAUCCACCAGCCGCGACCUCCGACCUGUCCCUCUCAGAAUUCCUCUCCUCAGUGGCGCAGUACAACAACGUGAACUCCAAACAAAAGGGUGUCAAGCUUGACUUCAAGUCCAUAGAGGCAUUUGAGAAGUCUCAAGAUCUGAUAUUGCCGUACAGUAAACCGGAGAUCCACUUCCCUCUAUGGUUGAACGCUGACAUACUCCCUGGUCCAGUGGACGCUACCACGAAGCCUGUGGAUCCCGCAAAGUUCCUAUCUCUGGGGGCAAAGCACCCUCGCUCGGUGCUUUCUGUCGGCUGGACAACCAACUACGGGGGCAACAUCACCGAGGGUGAAUACAACAGGGACCAAAUCGGGGCCAUGCUGCGGCAGCUCCAUGAAAACCACAUAAAUCAAACUGUAACCUUCCCUGUCCGCGCAGGAUUAGCAUCGAACAGCCAGCCAGUCGUGCUGGACCUUCUCCGUGAGACGGCGUACCUCAACUCCUCAAUAACAGUCUGGUCCAGCGAGGGUGAUGUGGUCGAAGUGGACCGGCUGAAGGCCCUGCUCCUGACUGUUGGCCUUGAAAGAACAUAUCUAGACGUACCACAAGAUCUAGCCUCCAAGCUGCACCUUCCACCAGCUGCUAAUGCCAAAAAUUGAAUA